AUGGUUGACACUGAAAUAUCGAAGACUCGCGAAGCAGAUAUACAGAUCGAUGUUGGAAAAGAUUCGGCGGUAGUUGGACGGGAGAACCUUCAUCAUGCCAUCGCCCCCCACGAGUCGUACGAGGGAGGUCAUCGCUGGGACCCGGAAGCGACGUGGACUCCCGAGGAGGAAAGGAGAGUCGUCCGAAAGACGGACCUCUAUCUCCUGAUAUGGCUCUGCGUCAUGUUCUUCGGACUGCAACUAGAUCGCGGCAAUCUGUCGAACGCAUUGGCAGAUUCUCUGCUCGAUGACCUUGGCAUGACGACUGAUGACUACAACAAUGGAACGACGAUCCAGCUGGUAUGCUUCCUUGCCGCGGAGUUUCCGGUGCAGAUGGCUACCAAGCGUUUUGGUUUCAAAUAUGUACUCCCCUUCCUCAUGACGGCUUGGAGCAUGGUCUCUUGGGCGCAGGCUUUCAUGACUACCCGGACCACCUUCUACCUCACACGCGCCCUCAUAGGCCUCUUUGAGGGCGGCUUCAUCCCGGGUGUCAUCCUGAUGGCAACGUACUAUGAGUUGGCUGACAAUAUGACCUACCAGUACACCAGCAAGGAGCUUUCUGUGCGCUUGGCAGCAUUCUGGUCGACACUCAACAUCGCCAGGGUGAUCUCGGCUUUACUGGCAGCUGGUAUCCUCGAGAUGAGGGGCACCCAGGGGAAGCCUGGUUGGUUCUGGCUCUUCAUCCUGGAAGGACUACUCACUCUGGUCAUCGGCAUCGUGUCUUUCCUCUACCUGCCGAGGUCUCCCACUGCCACCAAGUCGGUUCUAUGUCCAAGGCCAUGGUAUACCGAGCGAGAAGAGGUCAUCAUGACCAACCGCAUCCUCCGCGACGAUCCAGCCAAGGGGCUUACGGCACUCAAGGAACCAGUCAGAUGGAGCGAUAUCAAGGAUGCGUGGUCCGAUAAGUCCAUGUGGGGUCUCUAUUUCGUCGGUCUUGUGGCCUAUAUCCCAGCCACCCCCGUGCAAGCGUACCUGUCCUUGACACUCAAGCAUUUCGGCUUCUCGACCCUCGCCAGCAACAUGCUCACCGCGCCUUCGGCCGGGCUGCAGAUCAUCACCAUGCUAGCGCUCGCCUACAGCAGCGAGUACUUCAACGAACGCGCCUGGCACUGCUUCUUCGGAGAGUUCUGGCUGCUGCCCCUGUUCACAGCGCUCCUGACCAUCCCCGACGGCGGGCGCGACUGGGACCGCUUUACCCUGAUCACUUUAGUAUCCGGAUACCCGUACUUCCACCCGAUCGUGUCCUCCUGGCUCUCGGAGAACUCGUUUGACGUCAAGAAGCGCGCCAUCACCGCUGCGACGUAUAAUGUCAUCGUGCAAGUCGGGUCGCUCGUCGGCAGUCAGAUCUACCGGUCUUGGGAUUCGCCGUACUACAAGAGCGGGAACAAGGUGUGCAUCUCGCUUGUGGCGCUCAGCUUGGUGACGUUCGUAGGGCAGAAGUAUUGGUUGAAGCACCUGAACAGGAAGAAGGAGAGCGUGUGGAACGCGAUGACUGCAGAGGAGAAGCUGGUCUACCAGAGCGACAGCCUCGCUCGAGAGGUUGAUGGGAACAAGCGUCUCGACUUUCGCUUCCAGUAUUGA